GUUUAGCAACUGGCAUCCCUGCCGGGUGUGUGUGCGGCAUAUAAAUUGUGUAUCUGUAAUUUAGUGUAAUUUUAAUUGUAAACAAUGUGUUUUAUAAAUAAUUCGUAUGUGCAAGAAUAAAAUCCUAAAAACAUAUAGUCCAAUGUUGUAAUUUAAGGUUUCUAAUUUCCUUUGUAAAUUGAUGUGAGGUUCUCAUGCUUUGUCUUCGUGUGUGACAAUAUACUCAAAAUGGCGCAUCAACUGGCACCGUCUGUAAAUUGUUCAUUGGACGACAUUGACCUCAGUGCUCUGAAGGACCCAGCUGGGAUAUUUGAACUCAUAGAAGUUGUGGGCAAUGGCACCUAUGGACAAGUAUACAAGGGACGCCACACAAAAACAGGACAACUUGCUGCCAUCAAAGUUAUGGACGUAACACAAGAUGAAGAAGAAGAGAUAAAGCUUGAAAUCAAUGUUUUAAAAAAGUACUCCACCCAUCGCAACAUUGCGACCUAUUAUGGUGCUUUUAUCAAAAAAAGCCCUCCCGGUAAAGAUGACCAGUUAUGGCUGGUUAUGGAAUAUUGUGGUGCUGGAUCUGUAACUGAUUUGGUGAAAUCAACCAAAGGGCAGUCUUUGAAAGAGGAAUGGAUUUCCUAUAUAUGCAGAGAAAUCUUGAGAGGUCUCAGUCAUUUACACUCAAACAAGGUUAUACACCGAGACAUCAAAGGGCAGAAUGUGCUGCUUACGGACAACGCUGAAGUUAAAUUAGUGGAUUUUGGGGUAUCCGCACAGUUGGAUCGAACGAUUGGUAGAAGGAAUACGUUCAUUGGUACACCGUAUUGGAUGGCGCCGGAAGUCAUUGCUUGCGAUGAGAACCCCGAAGCGACAUACGACAAUCGCUCUGACCUUUGGUCUCUUGGUAUAACUGCUCUCGAAAUGGCCGAAAGCCAACCGCCGUUAUGUGAUCUUCAUCCCAUGAGAGCUCUAUUCCUUAUUCCUAGAAAUCCACCACCUCGCUUGAAGUCGAAGAGGUGGGCGAAAAAAUUUCACAGCUUCAUUGAGACUGUACUUGUGAAAGAUUAUCAUCAGCGCCCCUACACUGAACAGCUAUUAAAACAUUCAUUCAUCAGGGAUCAGCCAACCGAGAGGCAGGUGAGGAUACAGUUGAAGGAUCAUAUAGACAGGUGUAAGAAGAGAAAGCAGGAUAACUCGGUGCGUGAAGACUACAAGUACUCUGGCUCCGAGGGAGAGGAGGAGGAUAAUGCUGUUGCUGGAGAGCCGUCAUCCAUAGUACACAAUGCAGCCGCACACCAGGGUGGUGAUACGCUGAGGAGGAACUUCCAGCAGAUACAGGAGGGACGAGCUAACGAGGCCCAGCAGCCACAGCCACCACCCAAGCGCAACAGUAAACGUGACGAACGUGAAGAAAUUCCAGAACCCGGCCCACCUGCGAGGCCGACAAUUCCACAAAGACUGAUCGUAGUGCCAGACCCACAGGCUCAACAACCAAAUAGAUAUAGACCAUUGCCUCCGACCCCUAAGUCGUCGGGCUCCUCUAACAGCUCGGGUUCCAACAACGGCACGCCCCCGGCCGGACCGCAGCCUCCGCAGCGUGGAUCGCAACACUUCAAGCCCAUGAUACCGCCGCGACGGCCGGAGGAUCUAGAUAAACUGGCUGCGCAACUGAAUGAAUUGGGUGUGGUAUCAGGCAAUGAACCACCGAAUAGGCCUCCGAGGGCGCCGACUAACGGACAAGGUCCUCCAGUGGAGAGGAAUACACAGGAACCUACUUUCGAAGAAUCCGAAAGUGACUCCGAGGCCGAGGAGAGCGGAGGGAGAGUUCGCAACGACGGAACAUUACUGGCCAGCGACCCUCCGAAACCGCUGCCGGGUUUGAGCGCUGUAUCAGAGGACGGAUGCGGAGGCUGUGCGCCCACUCGUCCUCUACCACCGACGCCGGACGAUGACGAUCCACACGCAGAUCGCACACUCGUCAAGCGGAGGGAGACUGAGAAAGAUAAAAUACAAACGGAGGUCGAUGAGGUCGUUCUGCUGAAGGACUGGGACUUUGCCAGAUUUUUCCCAUCGAAAAGUACUGAGCUAAAAGAAGAAAAAAAAGAUCUAACAAAAGACUCUGAACAAAAACGGAUGCAACUACAGCGACAAUCUAGAAUUGAAAUGGAGGAUGCGUGGGUGAAGUACAAAGGUAUAGCGACACCGCCGGCCCGUCAUAAACAAAUACAACAGAAACCGAUAGAAAAAACCACUCAAGAUAAACUAUCAGACAUCAUGAAGUACAAAAAGGAGCAAGAUGAUACUCCAAAUAGAUUCUUUAGAGGUUUCCGGCGAGAGAACUCUGACCUCUUCCCCUUGUCAAGCACCCGACACUCUGCGUUUUAUUUGCCAAAACACGAUAAUCAUAAUGAAGCCAACAAACAACUAAGGUCCAGCGGUAUUUUCAAUCAUUCCCGUAAACAAUCAAACAAACCACAGACCUCAGGCGAACCUGUACUAACAGACUUCAUAAAGAUGAAUGACAGCUUAAAGAUGGCCAAAAAGAACGAAAUCAAGAUAGCAGACAAGAAAACCUCUGAUAGGAAAUCACCGCCGACCAAUCCGAUAGAGGCCUUAAAGAACGUGGCCGUGUUGUUGAGACAGGACAGUGAGAACAACAGCACAAGUCGGCAGAGCAGCAUUAACAGUGACUCGCCGGCGACCAGCAUUUGUUUCAGCAGCGGUGCCUCCUUCGAAAAACAAGGCACGCUGGAUCUAACUGCCAACACGCUGGACAAAAAAGACAUGUCAGACAAUAACAUAGUUAGACCGCGCAGAGAAAAGACUGAAUCAGAUAUCAUAUUCAGAAGAAAUUCACAAUUUAAUAGGCACACAGAGCUAUUAUCAAGUGGGCAGGAAGCGGUAAUCGCACAGGAACAGGGCCGUUCAAGUGGCAAUGAAGGCAGUGGUUCUCGCACCAGCUCGGUGCUGCCUGAUCUUCUCUCUCAAGCCGGACAGCCGACUACUCCUCCGCGCCACGAUAAAUCAACAAGCGAAGAGUAUAGGCAGGCGAUCGCUGGAGGCGCUCCCGUCCAUCAUCACCACCACCCCCCCUCCUCGGUCCAAUCGACCCCUUCUAAGUCCUUCAUCGCCGGCUCUUCCCCUCACCCCCUCCAACACUCCCCCUCCAACUCAUCGGUCGGCUCGCAGCAACAGUUCCUUCCAUUGCAACAGAAGCAGCGGUCGUUUAUAACAUUCGGCUUCGGUGCGGGCUCUACCGGCAGCGGCACCGGCGGUUCCGGCAACGCCUCACGCCGUGAAAGCCACGUGAAUGUCAACGUGACGCCGACAGGACACGACCUCUCCUCUGAUACCCCCGAGAUUAGGAAAUAUAAGAAGAGAUUCAAUUCUGAGAUUUUGUGCGCGGCACUGUGGGGAGUAAAUCUUCUCAUCGGCACCGAAAACGGUUUGAUGCUGCUGGAUCGUUCCGGCCAAGGAAAGGUGUAUCAGUUGAUCUCAAGACGCCGCUUCCAACAGAUGGAAGUGCUAGAAGGCCAAAAUAUACUCGUCACUGUUUCUGGAAAAAAGAACCGCGUUCGUGUCUACUACUUGAGCUGGUUAAAAUCAAAGAUUUUGCGUACUGAUGGCUUAAGCGACCAAGUUGAACGGAGGAAUGGCUGGAUUAACGUAGGAGAAUUACAGGGCGCCGUUCAUUUCCGUAUAGUGAAGUAUGAGCGCAUCAAGUUCCUCGUGAUCGCUCUUAAAGACUCCAUCGAGAUCUAUGCGUGGGCUCCCAAACCAUAUCACAAAUUUAUGGCCUUUAAAAGUUUUGGGGACUUGCAACAUAGACCUCUACUAGUUGACCUAACUAUCGAGGAAGGUACAAGACUGAAAGUAAUUUACGGUUCAGCGGACGGUUUCCACGCUGUUGAUCUCGAUACUGCCAGUGUAUAUGAUAUUUAUAUUCCAAAGCAUACGCAAGGAGCAAUUGUUCCGCAUUGCAUAGUACCAUUGCCUAAUUCAAAUGGUGUCCAACUAUUGUUAUGCUAUGAUAAUGAAGGCGUAUACGUAAAUACUUAUGGUAGGGUUAGCAAAAAUAUAGUUCUGCAGUGGGGCGAGAUGCCUACUUCGGUCGCCUACAUAGGAACUGGCCAAAUAAUGGGUUGGGGCAAUAAAGCCAUUGAAAUACGAUCCGUAGAGAGUGGGCAUCUUGACGGUGUGUUUAUGCACAAAAAAGCCCAACGUCUCAAGUUUUUAUGUGAACGUAAUGACAAGGUAUUCUUCUCAUCGGCAAAAGGUGGCUCGUCCUGUCAAAUAUAUUUUAUGACAUUGAAUAAACCUGGAAUGGCGAAUUGGUAGUGGAAAACUUAGACGGGGCGAAACCCCACCACAAUAAAUUUACUACGACACACGCCAUUGUCAUGCUAGUAUUCUAUUCAACGAAACAAAAAAAAAAUCAAUCAUGUGCUUUGGCCAUUCGGAAUUACAAGACUUGUGAUAAUGACAGAAUAAUAUGUGCUCAAAAGACUAUCCACAAAAUAUUACAAUUUACAAUUUCGUAUUUGAGGUUCUUUAUCAGAAAAAGUGGCAUUUUGUACUGAAUACUAUAACUUCAUUACAAGCUACUAAGGAAUAUAUAUUAUUAAGCAAUAAUCUAUAGGAUAAAUGUUUUGAUAUUGACAAUUAUUAAUAAGUAAGUUAAUAAUGCUUAGGUUUUAUUUUGCAGGUGUUAAUUUCUGUAAGAAAAUGUAAUUCAAAUCAAACUAUCAAUGAAUAUUAUGCCAUAUUAUAUUGUUUUUUAAUGUUAAGCUAGUUGGUUGAUGAUUAUAAUUGGACAAACUUGUGUUUAUUUAAAACAAAUUACACAUUUGAUAAAAUAAUAUUAACUCAAUAUGUAACUCACACAAAUAACCCAUUUAGAUACUGUAAAAUAAUUACACUAUUAUAUUCACAUAAGAAAUUGGCACUUAGAAACAUCACUUUGUAUGAUAAUUAUCACACCAAACAGCUACUAUAAUUUUAUUAAUGGAUAAAUCCUAAAAAUUUGGUACUAUUUAUUAUUUAUUUGUUAUGUACUAUAUUAUUUACAUGUAUAAAGGUGUAACUGUGCAUAUUGAAAAUUAUUAUAUA